AGUUGAACCGCGACAAUUGUCGGGCAUACAUCUUGUUGUAAAAAAAAAAAAAAUAUUUUUUUUUUUUAAUUUUUAUUAAAUUAUAAACAACACUACACGUUGUUUAAUCAAAACAAUUGAUUAAUAAUUCGUGAUAAUAUUUUAUUUAUAAAAAAAUCUUUAAAAUUUUGUUUUGGCUAUUUUAUUAUUUUUAACAAAAUGGAGUAUUAAUGAUACACAAACGAGAUAAAUGGUUGUCUUUGGAGAAACUGUGUGUAUAAUAAUUGAUUUUUAAAUUAUAUUUUUUGUGUUUAAUAAUAAUUUAAUUGUCAAGUGAGUGUUUGUGUGUUUAAACAUUUGUGUAUAGUUUAUAUUAUUUUUAUCUAUAUUUUUUAACAAGUUUUUAUUAUUAUUUUUCAAUCAAAUUACUUUGAAUUUUAUUAUUUUAUUAUUUAAUUUUUUUUUUUUAUUUUUGUGCGCUCUUUUUGGAUUAUUUUUGUCUUGCCGUUCGUUCACUCUCGACACUUGGAUCUCGUUUUGCUGUACGUGCUUCUUCGUUCUGGUACUGAGACUCACUUACUCGUUUUUUUUAAUAUUUUUUUUUUUUAUACUCUGUAAGCAAGGGAAUCGUUUGCUACUUUUUAUUUAUUUUUAUUUAAUUUAAUUUUAUAUAUAUAUAUUUUUUAACGUUCCCAACUGGCAUUUGCCUCGGUGCUUUCCAGCUCCCUGUUCACAGUGUCCAACAGAGUUGUGUAUUAUUUUUUUUUUUUACCUUCAACCUUCACAAUGAACAAAGACACUCUAUGAGAACAACGUGGAAAUAUCAAUCGAUAAUAUUACACAGCAAAAAAUUAUACGACCUGGGAAAAGCUGCAAAGAAAAUUGCCAUUUAAUUUGGUGAUAAAUUUCUUCUUGAAAUAUAAAAAUUCAAGUGAAAAUUGGAUGAAAAACUGCCUAAAGUAAUUUCGUGUCGAAGCUGCUAUAUCUUAGAAUGCAGUGGCUGGAAUCACGUGGGAUUUUACGAACGAGGCGAUGAGUAGCUUGAAUGGAGGCCGAGGAAGCCGCAGAGCCCCCUGGGGCUCAGAUCAAUGUGCCCGGAUCAUAUAUACUAUCAUCAACAAAUGUACUUGAUAAUAUUUUAUUAAGAAAAAAAUAUUAAUAAAAUAAAUAUGUAUUUGUUAAUUUAAAAACAAAUAAAAGAAAAAAAGUAAAUAAUUGAAUAAAUAAAUAAAUAAUAUUAUUUUUAAAAAAUGGCGGCUCCAGUAAUUGAAAAAAAAAGGUUUUUUUGUCGUGAAUGGGCAUUUAUGAAGCUAUCACAUUGUUUGGAGCAACGACCAGCUUCAAAAACAUGUGGUGCAUUAAUUGUUGGUGGUCCAGGUUCUGGUAAAACAGCAUUAUGUGCUGAAUUAGCAUGGCCAUCAACAUCAUCAAAUUCACGACAUCAACGUUCAUUAAAUCGUCGUUUAUUAGCACGUCAUUUUUGUCAAGCAAGAAGUGAAGCAUCAUUAUCACCAGCUCAAUUUGUACGUUCACUUGUUGCACAAAUAUUACAAGCAAGUAAUGAUGGUAUUAAUUUAUCAUCAACACCAACAUCACCAACACCAUCAACAACAUCAACAUCAGCACGUUCAACAUCAAAAGAAUCUGUUGCUGAAUCAUAUGCUGAAAAAUUACGUACUGAUUCAGAUAUACAUGCAGCCCUACAACAUGAUGUAUUAGAUAGAGAUCCAGAUGAUGCAUUUAAAAAAGCAUUAUUAUUUCCAUUAUUAGAAGUUGAACCACCUAAAAAUUGUUUAUUUUUACUUGUUGAUUCAAUUGAUGAAGGACAAAUAUUAAAUUCACCACAAACUGGAACAAAAGAUUCACGUAAAGAUAAUAAUAAUGAUAAUAUUAGUAAAACAAUUGCUGAAUUAUUAGCAAAUCAUCAUCAUUUAUUUCCACAAUGGUUAUUGCUUGUAUGUACAGCAAGAAGACAAAGUAAAACAAUAUCACGUAUGUUUACUGGUUUUCGUAAAAUAUCACUUGAUGAUUUACGUAAAAGUCAAGUUGUACGUGAUGUACAACAAUAUAUAUUGGCUAGAUUAGAUCAAGAGGAUGCAUUACGUCAACAUAUAUCACGUGAUACUGCUGAAAUGUUAAAUCAAUUACAUAUUAAAAGUAAUGGUUGUUUUUUAUAUUUAGAAAAAGUACUUGAUGGUGUUGCUGAAAAUUUUAUUGUAUUACGUGAAGUACGUGAAAUACCUGGUACUUUAAAUGGUCUAUAUUUAUGGUUGUGUCAAAGAUUAUUUAGUCGUAAACAAUUUGCCAAAGUACAACCAUUAUUAAAUGUAAUACUUGCUGCAAAAUUACCAAUAACACAAGAUAUACUAUUUAAAUGUGUUAAAACAUCACAUGUAACAAUAACAAUUGAAGAUUUUAAUAGACGUUUACAUUUAUUAAGAAGAGUUAUAUCUGUAUCAAGAGCUGGUGCAAUUAUGUUAUUUCAUCAUAGUUUUUCAGAAUGGCUAUUAGAUGUCAAACAUUGUACACAAAAAUAUUUAUGUUCAUCUGCUGAAGGACAUGCAAUGUUAGCAACUUAUUAUACAAUACGUGGUAAAGAACUUAAUCCAGAUGAAAUAUGUGCACUUGGACAACAUUUACAAAAAUCAUUAAUUAAUAUUAAUACUAAUAUAUGGAAUUAUGAUACUCAUACACUUCAAGUACUUUGGAUGAUUGGUAGUGGAGUACCAAUUGAUCAAUGUUAUCUUGAUAGUCCUGAGUGUAUUAUGUGGCCAAGACAAGAUACUAAAUUAUUAAGAUUAUUAAUUGAUUCUGGUGCUAAACCAUCAGAAAAAAUUAUUGAAAAUGAUGAAUCCUCCAAAGAUCCAGUUUCUUCUAGUCAGGUCUCACAAGAUGUGAGUCCCAUGGAUGAAUCCCCAGAGGAACCACUUACAGAAUUACUUGGUGAAAGUGGUGAUAUUAAUCAAGCUGAUUCAUGUGGUAGAACUGUUUUACAUACUCUUGCUGCUGAUGGUAAUGCAUCAUUAUUAGAAAUCGCAUUGGCUGCUUGUCCUCAGGCAAAAUUAGAAGCAACUGAUCGACAUGGACAAACACCACUUAAUCUUGCAGCAAGACAUGGAUAUACAGAUGUUGUCAAGGUACUUUUAGCUGCUGGUGCUAGUGCUGAUCAUGCUGAUUGUGACGGUUGGACUGCUCUUAGGGCAGCUGCCUGGGGCGGACAUACCCAGGUGGUAGAAAUGUUACUGGAACAUGGAGCAAUGGUUGAUUGUGCUGAUUGGGAUCAAAGAACUGCCCUGAGGGCAGCAGCAUGGGGUGGACAUGAGGAUAUUGUAAAAGCUUUACUUCAACAUGAUGCUGAUGUUAAUAGGACAGAUGAUGAAGGUAGAACGGCAUUGAUUGCUGCUGCUUAUAUGGGACACAGUGAAAUUGUUGAGCAUUUGUUGGAUUAUGGAGCUAAAAUCGAUCAUGCUGACAGUGAUGGAAGAACGGCAUUGAGUGUUGCUGCACUGUGUGUACCAUCAAAUCACGGUUAUGCCAAGGUUGUAACGAUAUUAUUAGAACGUGGUGCAGCAGUUGAUCAUCAAGACAAAGAUGGAAUGACACCAUUAUUAGUAGCAGCAUUUGAAGGUCAUCGUGAUGUAUGUGAACUUUUACUUGAAUAUGAAGCGGAUGUUGAUCAUUGUGAUGCAACAGGACGAACACCAUUGUGGGCUGCAGCUAGUAUGGGUCACAGUACAGUUGUUGCAUUGCUAUUGUUUUGGGGAUGUUAUGUUGACAGUAUUGAUAAUGAAGGACGUACUGUUUUAAGUGUUGCUGCUGCACAAGGAGGAACUGAUGUUGUUAAGCAACUUCUUGAUCGAGGACUUGAUGAACAACAUAGAGAUAAUUCUGGUUGGACACCACUUCAUUAUGCAGCGUUUGAGGGACAUCUUGAUGUUUGUGAAGCUUUACUAGAAGCUGGUGGUAAAAUUGACGAAGCUGACAAUGAUGGAAAGGGAGCACUUAUGCUUGCUGCACAAGAGGGACAUACUGCUCUUGUUGAGAGACUCUUGAAUCAACAUGGAGCACCAAUUGAUCAACAUGCUCAUGAUGGAAAAACUGCAUUGAGAUUGGCUGCACUGGAAGGUCAUACAGAAACAGUACGUGUUCUUUUAUCACACAAUGCUGAUGUAAAUGCUAAAGAUGCAGAUGGUAGAAGUACAUUAUAUAUAUUAGCACUUGAAAAUCGUUUGACAAUGGCUAAAUUUCUUAUUGAAAAUGCAAGACCAGACAUUGAAAGUCGUGAUUCAGAGGGCCGUACACCUCUUCAUGUAAGUUCAUGGCAGGGACAUGAUGAAAUGGUUGCAUUACUAUUAACAGCUGGUAAUGCAAUUGUAAAUGCAUGCGAUAAUGAAAAUCGUACACCAUUACAUUCAGCAGCAUGGCAAGGACAUGCUGCAAUUGUUAGAUUAUUACUUGAAAAUGGUGCAACACCAGAUCAUACAUGUAAUCAAGGUGCAACUGCACUUGGUAUUGCAGCACAAGAAGGACAUGAGCAUUGUGUACGUGCAUUAUUAAAUCAUGGUGCUGAUCCAAAUCAUUCAGAUCAUUGUGGUAGAAAUGCAAUUAAAGUAGCAGCUAAAAGUGGGCAUGAUACUGUUGUACGUUUACUUGAAGAACAUACAGCAAAUCAACGAACUCAAAGAUCAGCAGGAGUUAUUGGUAAUGGUUGUAGUAAUGGUGGUAGUUCAGCAACAUCUGUUACAUCAAAUUCAACAACUGAAACAAAACCAUCAUCAGCAAUAUUAAAUCCAAUAUCAACACAAUAUAGCCCAGCUGAAUCACCAGAUUCAACAAAAAGACGUAGUUGUGUAUCACUUGGUAAUAAUUCAAGUAAUUCAAAAUCAAGUAGUAAUUUAACUGGUAGUACAAAAAGUGAACAAGGUAAAUUUAGUCAAAAUCCAAUGAUUAAUCAAGUUAUUAAAACACCAUUAUCAUUUACACAACAAUUACAACAAUGCUCAAGAGGUGCUAAAAGUAGACCAUUAUCAAAAUUAUUAUCACCAUUAAAAUCAGAACCACAAAGUCCAAUAUAUGCAUCACCACCACAUUCACCAUUGAGUGAUAGUCUUAUACCAUAUUCACCAACAAAUACAAGUCCACCAAGUGCUAAAACAGCAGCAAGUGUUAUACAAAGCCAAUUGGGUGUAUCAUUAUUAACUGGUAAUCAAAGUAUUCAAUAUAAACCACCAAGUACUGGAAGUUUUAAUCAUACAACAGCAAUUUAUGAACCAAUUGAUAUUAGAACUGAAUUAAUUGAUAGAAAUGAUAAUAAUAAUAAUGGUAAAACAUUUGAAUUAACAAAUGAAAUGCUUGGUUUAAAAAUUAAUGAUAAAAAAAAAAGUACAUGUGAUGAUAAAAAAAAUUUAGCUGAUACACAUUUUACAAGAGAUACACAUAUGAGAAUUAUAUUAGGAAAUAGUGGAGCUGGAGUUGGAAGAAAUGUUAAAUCAUCUGAGCAUAUUACUAGCUCAAAUGCAAAGCCAAAACGUAAUGGUCUAGUUACAAAUCCAGCAAUGAGACUUGUUGCUGGUGUUAGAAAUGGUUUCGAAAAUGCAACAAAUAGAAAUAAGCCAAUGACAACGAGGGUCAAUGGAUUUCAAUGGAAAGCUGAGACCCGCAAAGAAACACCCCUUUAG